AUGGACGCUUUCUCCACCCUCAGCUUCUCUUCUCUCUUCUCGAUCGGCUCCUCCGAGUACGAUGUCACCUCUACUCUCCCCGACGCCCCCACCGUCGCAAAGUCACAAUCCUCGUCACUGGAGGAUCUUCCGCCUCUUGUAGACGAGGAGGACACCACCAGUGGUGGAAGUAAUUACUGCGUCAUCGCAUGA